UCGACACGGACGUAAACAAACGUAGCUUAGCAAUCUAAGCCCCGUUGUAGCGAAAGAGAAAUGUUACUGUAGCGCAAUGUGUUUAUUUGCCGCCGAGAUCUAGAAAGAGCUGUUAUCAUUACAGGAGCUGCGUUUUACCAGGAGCUGUACCCGAAAAGAGCUCAAUUCUACAAUGUCUACUUCAAAUUUCAAGAAUAAGUGCGUGACACAAAUCAACUGUAUAUACUGUGAUAGUCUGCUGUGUACGAGAGGGAUGAAAGCAGUGCUUUUGGCUGAUACGGAAAUAGAGCUGUUCUCAACCGACAUACCACCAAAUAGGACAGUUGAUUUUGUGGCAAGCUGCUAUUCCACUGAAAGCUGCAAAUGCAAAUUAAGAGAUAUUGCUUGUUUGAAAUGUGGGAAUGUUGUGGGAUAUCACGUGGUGGCCCCAUGCAAACCCUGCUUGCUGUCCUGUAACAAUGGUCACUUCUGGAUGUUCAACAGUGAGGCCGUGUCCACCAUCAAUAGACUGGAUGCAACAGGGCAGAACCUGCUCCUGUGGGGAGAUCUUCCGGAACUGGAAGACAGUGAUGACGAGAGCUUGGAAAGUUUCUCAGAAGAAGAGUACCUCAGAUAGAAACACAGGCCAAAACAAGUAGACUCUGACGGUAGCGAACUAGUUUGCUUUCACAGAUCUCCGUUUAAAGCACAGUGAAUUGUCUUUAGCUGACUGGGAAAAGGCAAAAAAAUAGGUCUUUACCAUCUAGCUUGUUUCAUAUUCAUGCUUCUGCUAUUUUCUUUCGGCAUUCAUCUCAUAUUUAUUUAAGUAUGUCAGAGUGCCACUACCAAAGAAAAAAUGUGUCCGUUUUCUUUGCUUUGCGGUUGCAGUAGCACAAAACAUGGUGAUGGGACUUUAAGACUUACUAAAGUAUCCUCAUGUGUGUCUAUGCAGCAUUCACAAUGGUUUCAGGCUGUUCCAGUAGAAUAACAGCAGUGAUAAUUAAGGUGUUAAUACAGCUUGUUUGCUCGAGUACCAAUGCAGUUUUUUGGAGGCGAUCAAAUGGCUACCCUGCUAGCCAAAAAAGAGAUGGGUAGAUAGAUAGAUAGAUAGAUAGAUAGAUAGAUAGAUAGAUAGAUAGAUAGAUAGAUAGAUAGAUAGAUUAAAGUAAAUAACCAACAUACCAUGUUUUAAUGGUUUAUUAGUAUAUAUCUGCUUUAAAAUUGAACGACAAGUAGUCACUUCAAGACAUGAUGGAUAUCAUUACGUAUAAUGGUAUCUUUAGGGCCAGAUUUACCAAAAUGGAUUUUUGUUAGAGUUACCCAUUGCAGUUUCCUUUGCAGACACAAAAUGUAUAGGAGGACAGUGUUUAAAGUCUGUGUGAACAAAGUUGCUAAGACUUUUUUUCAGUAUACUGAUGUACUUCCAACUGAAACCGAAUACUGAGUGGGGCGGUGCUUUCUUUUUCCGCAUUAUUCCCUCAAAGCAAACUUAUAGUAAGAGAGGCGUGAUUAAGAAUUGAGGUUAUAUGAAAUGUAUGUAAAUGAUCUGCUGCAUUCAUGUUAUUUAAUUCAGUGCUUCUCAACCAUGUUCCUGGAGGAUCACCAGUUCUCCACAUUUUCAAUGUCUUCUUUACCAAAUACACCUUAUUCAGAUCAACAGCUCAUUAACAGAGACUGAAAGACCUGUAAUGGGUGUGAUAGACAAAGGAGGCCUCCAAAACAUGUAGUGUUGAUGGUCCUUCAGGAACAUGGUUGAAAAACACUGAUUUAAUUAAUGCGUUUGUCGGUAGAUCACUCCCAAAACAUUCCACUUACAUCAGCAAUUUUUCUGGAAUUUCACUUUUUUGCUACUUUGCCCUGUUUUAGUUGAUCUGCUCUUGAGAGUGUGUUUACACUUGUAGUUUAGUACUUGUGGUUUGCUUUGUCUGGACCACAAAAGAACACAUUUAGAUUCUCCUAGCAUUCACAUUAUUCAUGUUAAGACCACACCUAAAGAUACCAAAAAUGCUUUUAUGACAAGUACUUUGCGACAGAUUUCACCAAACAUACAAAACAUUGCUGUGAGCUGGGCUAAAUGUGCUUGCUGUUUGUGUGUACAUGGUGUGUGUGUGGGUUUUUUUCCCAGUUCUCAAAGAUCUGCUGCAAGAAAAUGCAUUUCUGAUGCCUUCUGAACUGUAAUGGGCAGUUUAUGCUUUUCAUAGUCGCAUCUUGUGAUGUCAUGUACUGUUUUUGGGUCGUUUAGAUGAUUUUGGUCCAUGUGUUUAUAUUUCAGUCUAACCACACCAGUUUGUUUGGAAGUGGACGGAGAGCUAGCUUUUCAGUGGUUUUGGUUAAUUUGUUUGGUUCAGAUGGCAGCCUUCAUUUAUUCACAUGAAUCAUGAACAAAACAAACCAAGGUUUAUUUUAACCUAGGGCUGGGCGAUUAAUCGAAAAGUAAUCUAUCAACAUUCAAAACCUGUAACUGAGCUAAUUUUUACAGAUCGAAUUUUUUUUCUCAGUUUCUUUCCUGAUUUGUGACCCUGCUCUGCACCUUUUUUAUACUUAAAGUAGGACGAUGGAUGCAUUCUUGAGCUGUACUUUGCAGUACAUUGGCGAUGGUUUGAAGUUGUGCCAGAGAUGCCUAGAGAUUGCAUAUUUUCCAUUACAUUAAUAUUAUUAUUUACAUUUAAGAAAUGCUUAAAUAUUAAUUACAGGAUAAACAAGAAAUAUUUUAUUUAGAAAAGAUACUGCUUAUUUUCUACUUUUUAAUAUGAAAACACUGAAAAUAAUUUACUUUGUUUACAAAAGUUAUUUAUUUUCACUUUUUUAUAAGAAAAAAAGAGACUGUUGGUUUUAGGCAACGUGUGUUUUUAUUUCAGUUGAUGUUCAAUAAAUGAUCAUAGAUAGUAGAUAGUGUGUGUUUUAGGGCUGGGCGAGUAAUCGAAAUUGACAUUCAUAACCUAUAAUCGAUCAAAUUUUUCCAAGUAAAUUUUUUUUUCAGUUAGUUUCCCUACAGCGGGUUGAGUCAUGUGACCCCACUCUGUUUACUUUUCUGCAUCGAUUCUGGCUGACGUGCACCUCUCAAAAAAAUUAACUACACAUUGGGUUGUUGCAUAGCGCAAGCUCUGUGAUUGGUUGGUUUGGUAUCGUUGAUGAGUGUGGGCGGGGCCGAGAGUGAUAGGUGAGUCUUUACAAGUGUCCAGUCUCAUGAAGGAGCUGUUUUGUGUUUACCUUAUGAUUAAAGUUAUUGCACGUCCACCAGUUCCCGCCUUUGAAUGAGCGAGUUUGAGCUACUUCUACAUUAAGGUAGCGUUCAGAAAAAAACAAACACUCGUGAAGAAACUCUGCACUCAAGACAUGUUUAAAAUAUUAUUUACAGGUUAUACAAUUUUACAGGUUACAGGUUUUACAGGUUUACAAUUUAAA